UUUAUUUUUAUUUUUAUUUUGAAUAUUAAAAGAAUGGAAAAAGCAGGUUCUCAAAGGCAACAGAGGAAACUCAUUACUGUCCUGAAAUCAAUUUAUAAUUUUCAGCGCAUAUUUUUUUUGAACCCUUAAAACCGCCUUUCUCUCUCCUCUUUGCACGACUUCCAAGACUCUAAAGAAUGAGCAGAAGCUACCACCAACAACAAGUUACGAAUCUUCGAUUCUCUAUUGGCCUUUUUCACUCUGAUUCUAUUAUUUUCUGAUGGCUAAGCGGGUUUAUCAAGCUUGGAAAGGAAGCAAUAUUUUUUUUUGCAAUGGGAGGCUGGUAUUUGGACCAGAUGCUAGGUCACUUACAUUUUCUGUGUUGCUUAUACUUGUGCCUGCAGUUAUCUUUUGUACCUUUGUAGCAAGAAAUCUUCUCCACAAGUUCUCUACAGAUAAUGCUGGAUAUGCUAUUUUGGUGGUAGCCAUUAUCUUUACCACCUAUGUAUUGGUACUUCUUUUAUUUACUUCAGCCCGAGAUCCAGGCAUCAUUCCCCGCAAUUCACAUCCACCAGAGGAAGAGUUCUGCUAUGAGUCUUCUGAAGCUGGUGGCAGGCCAACGCCAAGUCUACAAUUCCCUCGUACCAAAGAAGUAAUUGUUAAUGGUGUCCCUGUUAAGGUGAAAUACUGUGAAACAUGCAUGCUGUAUCGUCCACCUCGUUGUUCUCAUUGCUCAAUAUGCAACAAUUGUGUGGAGAAAUUUGAUCAUCAUUGCCCUUGGGUUGGGCAAUGUAUUGGAAUGCGCAACUACCGUUUCUUCUUCAUGUUCAUUUCUUCUGCAACGCUUCUUUGCAUCUUCGUAUUUUCUCUGUCAGCUUUGAACAUAAAAUUUCUUGUGGACGAGCAUCACAAUGUAUGGAAGGCCCUUAAAGAAUCACCAGCCUCAGUGGUGCUAAUGUCAUACUGUUUUAUUGCAUUGUGGUUUGUUGGUGGUCUCACUGGCUUCCAUUUGUACUUGAUUAGCACAAACCAGACCACGUAUGAAAACUUCAGAUACAGAGCAGACAAUAGGCGGAAUGCUUUUGACCGUGGUUGCAUUCCCAAUUUCUUGGAAGUGUUCUGCACUAAGAUUCAACCUUCAAAAAACAAAUUUCGUGCGUAUCUACAAGAAGAGGCGCCAAGGACAUCCAUGAGACCAAUGCCAGAGGUAAAUGAAGAAUUUGGUGAAGAUCGGCGAGCUAAAGUGGAAGAUGAUCUGGAGAUUGGUGACGAUAUUAUGAAAUUAUCCCAACGACGUGAUUAUUAUGGGACUGAGGAUAUCAAAAGAAGAGGCAGCGAUGGGUUUUCCCGUGAAUCCGUUGAAUCUGAUUAUAAUUUGGGUUCGGAACUGCAAACUUCAUUGAGUCAAGUAGAGGCACAGCAAUCUCGAAGAGCUGGAAGUUUUGGAACAUCACCACAUAUCCUUGCCUUCAAUGCCAUUGUUGCAGAUAGCAAAAAACCAUGAUGCUCCUAACUUGUAGAGCUUUGCUAUUGAUAAUUUGAUACUCCCAUGUAUUCUCUACAAUCAUGUUUAGUUACAAAACCAUCAUUUGUUUGCCUCUUCUUUUCGGGUUGUUGUCAGAUUGGGUUGGUGUGUAGAAGGCGGGGCUAUUGGGCUAAACUUGGUAAUUGGUACAUAAUGUCAUGGAUGGAAAACUGUUCUUUGUUGUAUCUAGUUGAAAUUGUAGAUGUUCUAAAAUCUUUGUUCUUGAUUUUGUUUGUAAAACUUUCAUUUUUUUUUAACGCAAAAACGGAGACUUUCAAAGUUGACUA